AUGAAGGAGAACUACUGUUUACAAGCCGCCCUGGUGUGCCUGGGCAUGCUGUGCCACAGCCAGGCCUUUGCCAUGGAGCGGCGGAGCCACCUGCGGCCCUCCUUCCACGGGCACCAUGAGAAGGGCAAGGAGGGGCAGGUGCUACAGCGCUCCAAGAGGGGCUGGGUCUGGAACCAGUUCUUCGUGAUAGAGGAAUAUACCGGGCCUGACCCCGUGCUCGUGGGUAGGCUUCAUUCCGAUAUUGACUCUGGUGAUGGGAACAUUAAAUACAUUCUCUCAGGUGAAGGAGCCGGAACCAUUUUUGUGAUUGAUGACAAGUCAGGGAACAUUCAUGCCACCAAGACAUUGGACCGAGAGGAGAGAGCCCAGUACACGCUAAUGGCUCAGGCAGUGGACAGAGACACUAAUCGGCCACUGGAGCCGCCGUCGGAAUUCAUCGUCAAGGUCCAGGACAUUAAUGACAACCCUCCGGAGUUCCUGCAUGAGACCUAUCAUGCCAACGUGCCUGAGAGGUCCAAUGUGGGAACAUCGGUCAUCCAGGUGACAGCCUCAGAUGCAGAUGACCCCACCUAUGGAAAUAGCGCCAAGUUAGUGUACAGUAUCCUCGAAGGACAACCCUACUUUUCAGUGGAAGCACAGACAGGUAUCAUCAGAACAGCCCUUCCCAACAUGGACAGGGAAGCCAAGGAGGAGUACCACGUGGUGAUCCAGGCCAAGGACAUGGGUGGACACAUGGGCGGACUCUCAGGGACAACCAAAGUGAUGAUCACACUGACUGAUGUCAAUGACAACCCACCAAAGUUUCCACAGAGCGUAUACCAGAUGUCUGUGUCUGAAGCAGCCGUGCCCGGGGAGGAAGUAGGACGAGUGAAGGCUAAAGACCCGGACAUUGGAGAGAAUGGCUUAGUCACAUACAAUAUUGUUGACGGAGAUGGCAUGGAAUUGUUUGAAAUCACAACGGACUAUGAAACUCAGGAGGGCGUGGUGAAGCUAAAAAAGCCUGUAGAUUUUGAAACCAAAAGAGCAUAUAGCUUGAAGGUAGAAGCAGCCAAUGUGCACAUCGACCCGAAGUUCAUCAGCAACGGACCUUUCAAGGACACUGUGACGGUCAAGAUUGCAAUAGAAGAUGCUGAUGAACCCCCCAUGUUCUUGGCCCCAAGUUACAUCCAUGAGGUCCAAGAAAAUGCAGCUGCUGGCACUGUGGUUGGGAGAGUGCAUGCCAAAGACCCUGAUGCUGCCAACAGCCCGAUAAGGUAUUCAAUCGAUCCUCAUACUGACCUCGACAGGUUUUUCACUAUUAAUCCAGAGGACGGGUUUAUUAAAACUACAAAACCUCUGGAUAGAGAGGAAACUGCCUGGCUCAACAUCUCUGUCUUUGCAGUAGAAAUUCACAACCGACAUCAGGAAGCCAAAGUCCCAGUGGCCAUUAGGGUUCUUGAUGUCAACGAUAACGCUCCCAAGUUUGCUGCCCCUUAUGAAGGCUUCAUCUGUGAGAGUGAUCAGACCAAGCCACUUUCCAACCAGCCAAUUGUUACGAUUAGUGCAGAAGACAAGGAUGACACAGCCAAUGGACCACGAUUCAUCUUCAGCCUCCCCCCCGAAAUCAUUCACAAUCCAAAUUUCACAGUCAGAGACAACAGAGAUAACACCGCAGGGGUUUACGCCCGGCGCGGGGGGUUCAGUCGGCAGAAGCAGGAUUUAUACCUCCUGCCCAUCGUCAUCAGUGAUGGUGGGAUUCCGCCCAUGAGCAGCACCAACACCCUCACCAUCAAGGUCUGCGGGUGCGAUGUGAACGGGGCGCUGCUGUCCUGCAACGCAGAAGCCUACAUCCUGAAUGCCGGCCUCAGCACGGGGGCGCUCAUAGCCAUUCUCGCCUGCAUCGUCAUUCUCCUGGUUAUCGUAGUGUUGUUUGUGACCCUGAGAAGGCAAAAGAAAGAACCACUGAUUGUCUUUGAGGAAGAAGAUGUCCGUGAGAACAUCAUUACCUACGAUGAUGAAGGAGGAGGAGAGGAGGACACUGAAGCUUUUGAUAUUGCCACCCUCCAGAAUCCUGAUGGGAUCAAUGGAUUUAUCCCUCGCAAAGACAUAAAACCUGAAUAUCAGUACCUGCCUAGACCUGGACUCCGGCCAGCACCCAACAGUGUGGAUGUCGAUGACUUCAUCAACACGAGAAUACAGGAGGCUGACAAUGACCCCACGGCCCCUCCGUAUGACUCCAUUCAAAUCUAUGGUUACGAAGGCCGGGGCUCGGUGGCCGGGUCCCUGAGCUCCUUAGAGUCUGCCACCACAGAUUCAGACUUGGACUAUGACUAUCUACAGAACUGGGGACCUCGUUUUAAGAAACUAGCAGACUUGUAUGGUUCCAAAGACACUUUUGAUGAUGAUUCUUAA